UCGCAAAGAAUGCAUUGUUUCAGGCAAGGUCUCCCUCCUAAGGGAAACGGAAGGGUGGAUUACCUCACCAUUGCUGACCAGGUAAUUCCAGGUGGACAUAGUUAAAUGUUAUUCCUGGGACGGGGAGUCGAGACUGCAAUUAGGAAGAAAGAAGCCUGCAGCAUCCACCUAUGAAGUCGGUGCCGACAGUCCUGAAUAGUAAUUGUGGAUGGUGUAGCUGCCAGGCUGCUUCUGCGGAGCAUCUGAAAUGAACCUCUCCUAUUGAUUGUUUUGAUUGGCCCAGAGCCAGGAGUACUGGAUUCACCUGACUGCAGGAUAAAAAGAAAACAGUCUUGGUUGUCAUCAUAAGCAUAUGAACCAGUGUGAUGGUGAAAUGAGAUGAGGCUCCGAAAUGGAACUGUAGCCACUGUUUUAGCAUUUAUCACUUCGUUCCUUACUUUAUCUUGGUAUACUACAUGGCAGAAUGGGAAAGAAAAACUGAUUGCUUAUCAACGAGAAUUUCUUGCUUUAAAAGAACGUCUCCGAAUAGCUGAACACAGAAUCUCUCAGCGGUCUUCCGAACUCAAUGCCAUUGUACAGCAGUUCAAGCGUGUAGGAGCAGAAACAAACAGAAGUAAGGAUACGGUGAAUAAAUUUUCAGAUGGUACCCUAAAGCUCUUGAGGGAGUUAACAAGCAAAAAGUCUCUUCAAGUGCCAAGUAUUUAUUAUCAUUUGCCUCAUUUAUUACAAAAUGAAGGAAGCCUUCAACCUGUUGUGCAGAUUGGUAAUGGGAGAACAGGAGUUUCAAUAGUAAUGGGAGUUCCCACAGUGAAGAGAGAAGUUAAAUCUUACCUCAUAGAAACUCUUCAUUCCCUUAUUGAUAAUCUGUAUCCUGAAGAGAAGUUGGACUGUGUUAUAGUAGUCUUCAUAGGAGAGACAGAUAUUGAUUAUGUAAAUGGUGUUGUAGCCAACCUGGAGAAAGAAUUUUCUAAAGAAAUCAGUUCUGGCUUGGUGGAAAUAAUAUCACCUCCUGAAAGCUAUUAUCCUGACUUGACAAACUUAAAGGAGACAUUUGGAGAUUCUAAAGAAAGAAUAAGAUGGAGAACAAAGCAAAACCUCGAUUAUUGUUUUCUAAUGAUGUAUGCUCAGGAAAAGGGCACAUAUUACAUCCAGCUUGAAGAUGAUAUUAUUGUCAAACAGAAUUACUUUAACACCAUAAAAAAUUUUGCAGUUCAACUUUCUUCUGAGGAAUGGAUGAUACUUGAGUUCUCCCAGCUGGGCUUCAUUGGUAAAAUGUUUCAAGCGCCAGACCUCACUCUAAUUGUGGAAUUCAUAUUUAUGUUCUAUAAGGAGAAACCCAUUGAUUGGCUCUUGGACCAUAUUCUGUGGGUGAAAGUCUGCAACCCUGAAAAAGAUGCAAAACAUUGUGAUCGACAGAAAGCAAAUCUGCGGAUCCGCUUCAGACCUUCCCUUUUCCAACAUGUGGGUCUGCAUUCUUCACUAACAGGAAAAAUUCAGAAACUCACGGAUAAAGAUUACAUGAAACCAUUACUUCUUAAAAUCCAUGUAAACCCCCCUGCAGAGGUAUCUACUUCUCUGAAGGUCUACCAAGGACAUACACUGGAGAAAACUUAUAUGGGGGAGGAUUUCUUCUGGGCUAUAACUCCAGUAGCUGGAGACUACAUCCUGUUUAAAUUUGACAAGCCAGUCAAUGUGGAAAGUUAUUUGUUCCAUAGUGGCAACCAGGAACACCCAGGGGAUAUUCUGCUCAACACAACUGUAGAAGUUUUGCCUUUAAAGAGUGAAGGUUUGGAAAUCAGCAAAGAAACCAAAGACAAACGAUUAGAAGAUGGUUAUUUCAGAAUAGGGAAAUUUGAGAAUGGUGUUGCAGAAGGAAUGGUGGAUCCCAACCUAAACCCCAUCUCAGCAUUCCGACUUUCAGUUAUUCAGAAUUCUGCUGUUUGGGCCAUUCUUAAUGAGAUUCAUAUUAAAAAAGUCACAAACUGACUAUCUCCUAAGAAACCAACACAUUUUUUUCCCUGUGAAUUUGUUGAUUAAAGAUGGCUGAGCACGUACCUUUUUUUGGUAACUUGAAUUCUACCUCUUGUGAAAUCUACUGUAGAUAAGAUGAUUGUCAUUUCCACUUGGAAAAUGAAUCUUCCAUGGAUAAUUGUAUUCAUUCAAACCUAAGCUGUCCUCCAGUUUUAACUUGACUCAGACAUUUUACAGUUAUGACAGCCUGUUAAUAUGACUUGUACUAUUUUGGUAUUAUACUAAUACAUAAGAGUUGUACAUAUUGUUACAUUCCUUAAAAUUUGAGAAAAAUUAAUGUUAAAUACAUUUUAUGAAGGGGG